GGAAAAGCCAGAAUGUUGAGGAAGAUCCAAAUUUUGCUUGGUGUCUUUUUUGUCUUUGCUUUUGGCAUUUUGUAUGAGUUCUCUCGACACCCAGGCUGCCUCUUCUCAUGUAUGCCCAUUGCCAAGAAGCUCCCAACAUUCAAAGGAGUUAUCAGCCAGGGCAACAGCAUCAUUUUUCUGGAGACCACUGACCGGCUUGAACCUUCUCCAUUGGUUUCUUGCUCUGUCGAAUCUGCUGCCAGGAUCUACCAUGACAGACCUAUUGUUUUCUUCAUGAAAGGGCUGAAAAGCAACAUAAGGUGGGAUCCAAAGAACACCUCCACAGCCUUCUCACUUUUAUCUGCUCUCAAGAAUGUCUUCAUUGUCCCUCUCCAGAUGGAGACUUUACUCCAGAAGACACCUCUACUUUCAUGGUACCAUAAGGUAAAUGAAACUCAGGAGAAGAAUUGGGUUCACGUCAGCUCUGAUGCCAGCAGACUUGCAAUUAUCUGGAAAUAUGGUGGGCUCUACAUGGAUACCGAUAUCAUCUCUAUCAGGCCUAUUCCAGUAAAAACAUUCAUAGCAGCCCAGGCUUCCCAGGUUGCCAGCAAUGGGAUUUUCAGCUUUCCUCACCAUCACUCGUUCAUUUGGCAUUGCAUGAAGAAUUUUGUAGAAAACUAUAAUGCGGACAUUUGGGGACACCAAGGUCCCUAUUUAAUGACAAGGGUGCUUAAAACCUUAUGCAAUCUUAGUAAUUUUAAGGCUGUGGAGGACCAAUGCUGUCGGAAGAUUUUCUUCUUAAAUCCUCAGCGUUUCUAUCCCAUUCCCUAUCCAUUAUGGGAAAAGUACUAUGAGGUCUGGGACAUACACCUCAACUUCAGUGACUCCUAUUUCAAUGACUCCUAUGCCUUGCACCUGUGGAACUAUAUGAAUCAGCAACAGAAGGCAGUGGUUGCUGGAAGUAAUACACUGGCAGAAAAUCUGUACAAAACCUACUGUCCCAUCACAUACAAAAAACUUAUUCUGGACAGACAUCGGAGUGUUUGCAAGAGAGAAUAA